AUGGGGAUCUCAAUGGAGCAAUGGAGAGUUGCCAUUGGAACAUUCAAUGGUGGCCGGCAAAAAAAGACAAUCCGUUUAUCGAGAAUCGUUAAAUCUCCAAAACAGAUGAUAUUGAUACUGCAAAUCAUUACGAUACUGCUGGUACGAGGAGGAGUUGAACAAAACCCAGGCCCACAAUCCCAACCACAAAAGAAAUCAGACCAUGACUCGGUUAGUAUUGAUGAACAGCUUCAACUAAUCGAGAAUAGCUUUUUAGAAAAGCUGUCAAAAAGUUAUGAUGUGCCAACGAAAGAUUCAACUCAGAAGUACAGAGACAUACUGGAGGAAAUAAGAGACUAUUCCAACACCACAGUGAAUACCAUUAUAAACGAAGACAUGACAGUUGAUGAGGUGACAACAGAGAUGAAAGAAGAAGAUGAAGACAACACUAUAAAACACAGUAAAGAUCUGUAUGGUGGACUCACAAAACAGCUUUUAGAUUUUUAUAAAUCUAUGAUUGAAGAUUGUAUUUCUGUUUUAGGGGAGCCUGAUUGUAAAUUUGCAUUUUUAGCACUUGGUUCCCUGUCUCGUCAAGAGGUCACGGCAUACUCUGACAUUGAGUGGGCAAUUUUGUAUGAUCCUUUGGGGAAACCAGUAGAACAUGUCAAAAUGCAACUGCGUAUGAUAGCCUAUUACAUGCACUUAAAGGUACUUAACUUGGGGGAAACAUUGUUAAACUGCUUAGACAUACCUGUUUUGACAGAUUAUAACAAUCACCUUCCGAAUGACAUGACAGACAAUGACUUUUGGGAUAAAGUGACCACCAGAGGGGUCUCUUUUGAUGGGACACAGCCAUGGGCUAGUAAGACAGCUAUUGGUAGGAAAUCUAAAAAGGACCUUACCACUAGCAAGCCUGCAAGACUUGAACUGAUCAUGACUGUUGAAGAGAUGAGUAAAUUUCAGUAUAAGGAUGAAUCACUGAAAGAGGGAUACCACCUUAGUGAUGUUCUAAUGACAUCAACCCUCAUACUUGGAGACCAAAAUCUUUGGAAGGAGUACAAUGACAAAGUCCAUGCAAUACUAGCAUCACCCUCAACAGAAAAUCCAAAAAUCACUGUUGGGAAGGAAAGAGCAAUGAAGACACUGAUAGAUGAUUUAGAUAAAUACAAUAAGAAUCCCCUAUCACCAAAGUCAUUCACAAAGAAAAUACACACCAAGCAUGAUAUUUAUAGAUUUGCUACAAUCUCAAUCAAUAUUCUCAAGCUCAUGCAUGGCUGCACAUCAUCAGCCCCACUCGAUGUUUUAGAGGAAUUGCACAAGAAACACAUCUUAACUAGGAGAGCAAAGAAGGAUCUACAAAUGAUGGUUUGUGGUGUUAUCAAUCUAAGACACAUGGUCUAUGGCAGCUAUAAGCAACAAAAGGAACUUAUAUCAUUCCUACAUAGUGACACAAUUAAUGAUGGAACAAGUGAAGUUAUGCCAGUCAGGAGUUUUACAGCAAUAUUACCAUUUUACAACAUAUUCAUGCCAUGGUGUGAAUUCCUCCGGUCAAAUAUGAAAGUGGAUGACACGUGGACAUACUGGCAGAGAUUCUUUGAGGAAAAUAGUGUAGUCAGAGGAGAAUUAUACAAGAACAUAUUCUUCUUCAAAAGAGCAUUGUUUGAGUUUGAGAGAGAACUGAAACGACUUCAAAGGAUUGAAACAGAAGGACAACAGAAAAGCAUAGCUUAUAUUCAACAAGAAAUAGGUCAUCUAUAUGAGUCACAAGGGCAGUAUGCUAUUGCCCUGCAAUAUCAAAAAGAAAGUCUUGACAUGAGUAAAAUUGUCAAAGAUAAAGUGGGCAUCUCUGCAUCCUUAAAUAAAAUUGGCCAUGUCUAUCUUAAAAUGGGAGAUCACACAAAAGCACUGGACUAUUAUCAUGAGAGCCAGACAAUUGAAAAAGAGCUACAUCAAGAUAGUCCCCACUCAAAUGUUGCUGCCUCACUAAGCUACAUUGGUAGUGUCUAUAAUAGCAUGGGAGAGUACAUUCGAGCACUGGAAUGCCACCAAGAGAGUCUAAAAAUGUUUGAAUUGAUCCAUGGAGAAAAACUGAUCCAUCAAGACAGUUCUCAUCCAGAUGUUGCUGCUUCACUUAACAACAUUGGAAAAGUGUAUGAUAACAUUGGAAAUCACACUAAAGCACUGGAAUUUCAUCAAGCAAGUCUGUCAAUGGAAAGACUGAUCCAUGAAGAUAGUCCUCAUCCAGAUGUUGCAACUUCACUAAACAACAUUGGCAAUGUUUACGAUAACAUGGGAAAUCACCCUAAAGCAUUGGAAUUCCAUCAAAAGAGUCUGUCAAUGGAAAGACUGAUCCAUCGAGACAGUCCUCAUCCAGAUGUUGCUACUUCACUGAACAACAUUGGCAGAGUUUACGAUAAAAUGGGAGAUCACGAUAAAGCACUGGCAUAUCAUCAUGAGUCUCUUACUAUGAGAAGACUGAUCCAUCAAGACAGUCCAAACCCUGAUGUUGCUACUUCACUUGACAAUAUUGGUAGUAUGUAUCAUAACAUUGGAAAUCACACUAAAGGUCUGAAAUAUCAACAGGAGAGCCUGGCAAUGAGAAGGCAGAUCCAUCAAGACAAUCCACACCCAAGUGUUGCUAUUUCACUUAAUAACAUUGGCAAAGUCUACGAUAGAAUGGGGGAUCAGGAAAAAGCACUGGCAUACCAUCAUGAGAGUUUAACAAUGAAGAGAUUGAUCCAUCAAGACAGUCCAAACCCUGAUGUUGCUACUUCACUCGACAGCAUUGGUAGCAUGUAUCAUAACAUUGGAGAUCACACUAAUGCACUAAAAUUUCAUCAGGAGAGCCUGGCAAUGAGGAGGGAGAUCCAUCAAGACAAUCCUCAUCCAGAGGUUGCUGCUAUACUUAACAACAUUGGCAAUGUGUAUCAUAGCAUGAGAGAUCACAUGAAAACACUGGAAUAUCAUCAUGAGAGCCUGGCAAUGAGAAGACUUGUUUAUCAAGAGAGUCCUCAUCCAGAUGUUGCUACUUCACUAAACAAUAUUGGUAAUGCAUAUCAUAGCAUGAGAGAUAGCACUGAAGCACUGAAAUAUCAUCUAGAGAGUCUAUUAAUGCUAAGACUGAUUCACCAAGAUAAUCCCCACCCAGAUGUUGCCUCUUCACUGUACAACAUUGGCAGUGUGUUUCAUAGCAUGGGGGAUAACACUAAAGCACUGGAAUAUCAUCAUGGGAGCCUGGCAAUGUAUAGACUGAUCCAUCAAGACGGUCCCCACCCAUAUGUUGCUACUUCACUUUACAACAUCGCCAAUUUGUAUCUAAGUAUGGGAGACAACACACAAGCACUGAAAAAUCAUGAUGAGAGUCUGACAAUGAGAAGACUGAUCCAUCAAGACAGUCCCCACCCAGAUGUUGCUAACUCACUUGACAAAAUCGGCAGUGUGUAUCAUAAUAUGGGAGAUCACAUUAAAGCGAUGAAAUAUCAAGACAAUCCCAACCUAGAUGUUGCCACUUCACUUCGCAACAUUGGCAGUGUGUAUCUAAGUAUGGGAGAUAACACUAAAGCACUAGAACAUCAUCAAGAGAGUCUAGCAAUAAGAAUACUUAUCCAUCAAGAGAGACCCCAUCCAGAUGUUGCUUCUUCGCUUUACAACAUUGGCAGUGUGUAUCUAAGCAUGGGAGACAACAAUAAAGCACUGGAACAUCAUCAAGAGAGUCUAGCAAUGAGAAGACUGAUCCAUAAAGACAGUCCCCACCUAGAUGUUGCUACCUCACUUCACAACAUUGGCAGUGUGUACUUUUACAUGGGAAAUCACAUUAAAGCACUGGAAUAUCAUCACGAGAGUCUUGAAAUGUUAAGACUGAUCCAUCAAGAUGGUCCCCACAUACACGUUGCUUCUUCACUUCACAACAUUGGCUAUGUGUAUCAUAGCAUGGGAGAUAAGACUCAAGCACUAGAAUAUCAUCUUGAGAGUCUGGCAACGUAUAGACUGAUCUAUCAAGACAGUCCUCAUCCUGAUAUCAUUAGCUUAUUACAAAAAAUAGGUAGAUUACAUCUUGACAUUGGGGAGAACCCAGAAGCUUUGUCUUAUUUUCUGCAAAGUCUUGACAUGGCUCACCAGUAUGGAGGAGAUUCCCAUGCUGAUUACACAGGAGCAUUAGAACUGAUUGAACAGUGUGGUCUAAUUGAAAACCAUUCUAAUGUUUCAGAUAACCCUGAUCAAUCUGGAAAUAGAAGAUGUUGUUCUUGUACUAUAAUAUAAUGACUCACACUCCAUGGGCAUUAUUACUAUAGUAUUUUGAGACACUUGGUAAUCAGCUUUUUAUGCUGACAACAAAUAACAACCACAAUGAUAAGUAAAUUCAAAGAAUCAUCUUUUUCUUUACACAAUACUCAAAUUUUAAGAACCAUCUAAAUGCAUGACCAGAAUUAAAAAUGACCACACAAUUUUUGAGCAGCAUUGGAAUUGACACAUUAUUUGAAUCGGACCAUCACUAUACAAUAACAGAACUUAUUAAUGAGGAUGCAGAAUAAGAACCUCUAUUUCUCCACUUGAGCACAUAUACAAUGAUACAUUAUGUUAAAUGAUCUUAAAGUGUACAUGCAAUCAAGAUUCUACUUCACAAAACAUGGCUUGUUUACAUAUCAAGCACAAUUUAUUAAAUAGCAUAAACAAGUAAACCAGAGUGUUUGGAGUCAUAGAAAUAUAUUGCAUCAUAGAAAAUAUACCAUUACAUAAUAUUACAUAAUAUAACAUAGCAUUACACAACAUUAUAUAACUUUACAUAACCCUACAUAAUUAAUUACCCUGAUAACAACAUCUACUAUGCACCUACUAAUAACACAAACUAAGCUAAAACCAAAGUUUAACUACCGAAAUAAAACGAAAAAGUAAUAAAAUGAAAAUAACCCUCAAAUGCAACUAAGACCCCAGUGGAAUGAGGGUGGGAGAAAAUGCCGGCGCAUAUUACUGCCUAAUGCUACAUGUAAGCUGUUAAAAGACUGACUGAGUACUAGACUGGAGUGACCAUGUGACCUAAUGAAUAUCUCACUUAAACAACAGUACAUUAGCAUAAGUAAAUAAUGAAGAUACUGACAUAUCGCAGAAUUAAAUUCAGUUUAUAACCGAAACCUAACUAAUCUCAAUAGAAACCACCAUACGCAUUACGCAAUUGCAUUUUCAUCAUUUUGUAUGUAUCCAAUAUAUUAAUUGUAUAAUAUAAAUGACCAAAAUGUGUUUACUUGUGGAUGAAGGAUGUAAUAUUGUGUUAAAAUUGUGAAAAACAUAAUCAUGAUGUAAUUUGACAGUUAAAUCAUAAUGGAUUUGUUUAUUUGCUAUCACCUGGGACUUUGAUGUGUUAAAUUUUGUGUAAUGUUACACUGGCUUGUUAGAUCAAAUAUAGCAAAAAAUUAUGAUGAAAUACAUGUAGAGGUGCAGGUGCAGCGUGUCAUUGACCAAAAUCUCGUAAUUGUAAAUCUCAUCCUUAUAACUAAGUUUACAGGGCUUGAGGACUCACAGAAUAUUUGAAAUUUAAACAUGUGAAAUUAGAAAUUUAAUAGCUGCAAAAUUGUGAUAUCUCAAAAUUUGCGAAAUUAAUUAGUACAGUAACUCUUUUAAUCAUAUUGUAACAUAUUGUAAAGAAAUAUGCACUGCAUUGAAUUAAAGAUGUAUUUUUAUGUAUAGUAUUGUUUAAGUCAGGAUUUGAGCCCCUGGUGUCAAUUUUAGCCUCUAACUCCACAUGAAAAGAAAGGUUAUUCAAUCAGAAAGUUUCAUAUUGUAAAUGAUUUAUCUGUAAAAUGAUAAAUAAUACAUGGCAUAUUAUAUAUCAUGUAUUAU